CAUUAUCUUCGACUCCGAUCAGAUAAUAAUAACAAUUUUAUAGAUUAAACUGACUAUAUAACUACAUAGAAUAAACGACAACUAUUAACGGUUAGAUUAGGUUUUAUUAACAAAGAAAAAAUAAUUGAAUAGUAUUGAAAAUUUUAUGGAAAUUUUAUUGAACAAAAACAAAACACAAAAAUUAACCACCUUUGUUCGGGCCAUAAAAAAUUGCUUCGCGGGCCACAUGCGGAUCUAAUAUAAUAACGCGGAGUGUACGUUGUUACAAUAUAUACGGUCGUGGAAAACAAAAUAUUUGUACUCGAGGUACUUAACCGAAUGAGAAUUGCGAGAACCGAGCAGUACGUAUGGGUACACUGUACCGAAUCUCGUCGUAACCGAUGCGUGAAGAUGUACACGGUAUUUUCUCGUUCUUCGCGAUGUUGUUGGUUUUCUAACCGUUUUUGUACCUCGAGUCCGUCUAAGGACAAUAACGUACAACGUCUUGUGCCGCUGACGCCCUUCUACUCGAUCUUACGUUUUCCUGUAUCGAACUGAACGUGAAUGUAUUUUCAAACACGAUACCAAAUAACGUAUUGUUACACAAGAGAAUUCGUUUUUUUCCCGAAACGGUAUUUUCCGAAUAUGAUUUGCAAACGAUUAGAUUUGCACUUCUCGUUUGGUGCAAAAGUAAAUUGAUUGGAUUCGAAACUUAUUAGCGGAGAUUCAUUUCAUUAAUCUAAAAAAAAAAAAAAAGCAAGAGAUUAGCUAAAUAAUAGGUUUAUAUAUCUAUAUAUAUAUAGUGAGUUAGCAAGUAGACAAUGUUUAUGAAUUAAAGAAGCUAAAAAUCUUCCCCGAAGAAAUAAUAACAAUAGUAUUAGUAGCGAAUGUGUUUUUUUUUAGCGGUUCAAGAAAAUAAAAUAAAAUAAAACAAAAAUCCUAUAGCAAUUUUUGCUAAAAGCUUCUCAAGUGUCACUCGAACGGGACGUCCAAGUGGAUAUUUUAUUGGAAAUAUUCAAAUACAGACCUCUUUGCGAACUGUUUGUAUUCGAGGUUAUACAUAUAUUCUUUCUGUAUCAUUCAACCGAUCCCUGUUCGCAUAUUUUAUACUCGCGCGCCGAGACACUUCGGUACACAUGCUUUUAAAACGCGAUUCGAAUCAGCUCUGCCCGUAUCGUUGAGAUGCUAUAUGGUAUACAAUACGCAUUACGCACCGGUUGAAUAUCGCACCUAAGUGUUUUCGUGCACGCCAAAGGAGUGGCGGUUUUUAUCACUCGCCAAUAGGGGGGACUACUUAAAUUUCAAAAAUGUAGCUAGUCGUAUGGGUCUAUAUAUAAUUUUAAUUCACAGAAUAUGUCACUCGGAAGUAAAUAAUUCUUUUUUUAUUUUAAUGUAUUUGUUUCACAAUGACGAUAUUUAAUUAUAACUGUUGAUUUAUCAUAAUUUUUAUAAUACUUAACUUAGAAAAAUAAACAGCUCAGCUCCAAGAGGGGAGGGAUGUUGCCCUCUUAGACACCCCCUUAAACCCGCCCCCGCGCCGAAGCGAUGUACUGCUCCAAUGAUGCGUUUGCCGUGAUAAAGUUCGUCACUCUAUGUUCUCGAGUAGUAAAAAAAUAAUAUAGAGGAAAUCGUCAACAAAUGCAAUCGUAUUUUCGCAAGGCUCGACCAUACAUUUGGUCUCUCAUUGGCCCCGCCUAAUGAAAUAUUUUGGGGCUUUCAUCGGAUCAUUUGGAUUUCUCGAGAUGGUAUUGCUGGAAUAUCUUUGGAAAACCCUCUUCAUAGUGAUUGGCCGUAUUUAUUUGUUUAUUUAUUUUUUUUUUUUUUUUUGCUCAAUAAAUUUCUUGUUGUUAUGGAACCCGGAAACGAUUAUGUUAAAUGUUUUAAAAAUUCUCAAGCUAUUGUUGUUUCUGAGAAUCAAUAUAAAUCGCAGCUACAUUUGUCUUGUCCGCAUAAUUAUCAUAUUCUAUUAUAUCAAUCUUUCAAACGACUGUAUAAUAUUUUCUUGAUAUUUUUCGCGAACAAUCAACGUCAUACACGAUGGAAGCCAUUUGUCAACGUGUUUGCCUACACGUGUUUGGAAAUUGCCGUUGGGGGAACGAAAACCAAUUUUUGGACGUCAACUACACUCGCAGAUUUUUUCGGAAAUGCUGUCUCUGUGAAGCCAAACGAUCGUACUCGAAGAUGGCGCGAUGUAUAAGAUGCGAAGCGUACGUCCACAAGGAAUGCUUUUUAGUGGAUCUUUGCAAAGAAGAUGACGCUAAAAGAACCAAGGUCGGCAGUCCCCGUAGAGCGGACGCAAAAGAAUUUAUGGACACCAGUAACGGAGAGGUCGACGACAGAGAAGAAGAGACACACGAUUGUAUUAUAAAACGCCGCAAAAGAUCCGGUUCGCAAAACGCCAAAGUGAGUAAAAAAUAUCGACGAAUAAGCCCUUUAUGAUUGAGGUCGAAUGUUUCUUACGAUUUGGAGUUUUCAUGAUCAUCACAUGGCAUCUGUAGCGAU